AUGAUGUGCAGCGGAGUCCCAGCGGUGUGUGUUUCCCAGGAUUCUGUUUGCGACGGAACUGUUGACUGCAUCAACGGGGACGAUGAGACGCCGGAGGCCUGCGAGAAGCGUGUGUGUGGCGAGGGAAGGUUCCAGUGCUCCAGCGGAGCAUGUGUGUCGAGGCGGAAGGUGUGUGACGGCGAGGUCGACUGUCCUGACGGAUCCGACGAAUUCUGUCGCAACUUCACCCACUGCCCCGCACCUCGGUCGCACUACUGCUCGUCCGGGGAGUGCAUCGGCCUUCGCCAGAUUUGCAACGGAGAUCUAGACUGUCUGAGUGGAGAGGAUGAGCUUUCUUGUCAGUGCUUAAACUUUAAAUGUUUGUCAGGAGAAUGUAUAAGUACAUAUAUUGAGUGUGAUGGAAGGCAAGACUGCAAAGACGGUUCAGACGAGCACUGUGUUCCGCCCAACGGAGAUCCAUGCCCACCGUCUCGUCCAUUUCCCUGUAAUGAUGGCAGAUGCAUUUAUGAUUUUAGUGUGUGUGAUGGAUAUAAUGACUGUGCUGAUGGCUCUGAUGAAGACCCUAAAGUCUGUGUAACGUCUGACUGUUUCACUUGCGAUUCUGGAGAAUGUAUAAACCCUGGACUGCGCUGCGACGGAGUGGAUGACUGUGAGGAUGGUUCUGAUGAAAGCAGCUGCCAGUCCUUUGAAUGCCCUGAAGACAGCUUUCACUGCACUUCUGGGGAAUGUUUAGAUACGGACGCGGUGUGCAACGGCCGGGAAGACUGUCGAGACGGAAGUGACGAAGCGUCUUGCACAUCUGCCUCGUGCCCCGCGUCGAGGGCCACUUUUUUGUUCGUCAGGAGAAUGCAUUCUUUCUGGCAAGCGUGUAAUGGAAAUUUCGACUGCAAGGACCGCAGUGAUGAGAGUAGGUGCCCAGAUAUCCCAUGUCCUCCUCACAGAGACUUCAGGUGCGCAGCUGGACAAUGUUUAGACUUUUAUUUCGAUCCUCAGUGCGAUGGCAGAGAGUCCUGUGCUGACGGCAGUGACGAAGCGAGCUGUGACUCCUUCCAGUGUCCCGAAGAUCGAUCCUACAAAUGUGAUUCAGGAGAAUGUUUGUACGAUUAUGAUUAUGAAUGUGACGACUACAGAGACUGUAAAGAUGGAAGUGAUGAGAAUAAUUGCGAUAUAACUGGUCCCUGUCCGAAUAGUGACGACUUCCGUUGCAGUUCAGGUGAGUGUUUGUGGAUUGGCUCAAGAUGCAACGGAAGGAUAGACUGUAUUGAUGGAAGUGACGAGACUGAUUGUCAAAGUUUCACGUGUCCAGAGAAUCGGCCUUUUCAAUGUGGAUCAGGGGAAUGUUUGUAUGAAUAUGAUGUUUGUGAUGGACGGAUUGACUGCGAGAUGGAAGUGAUGAAAUCAACUGCAAGGACCAAAAUUGCUAUAGUGAUAGUGUUAACUGUGGGUCUGGUGAGUGUAUCUACAGGUGGAGCCGAUGUGAUGGAUAUCCAGACUGUCGAGACGGCAAUGACGAAGCCAGUUGCGAUGAAUUCACGUGUCCUGCCAUUCGCCCAUUCCACUGCGACUCAGGGGAGUGCCGACGUCCCUAUCAUCGGUGUGACGGCUUCGUGCAGUGUGCUGACGGAAGUGACGAAGUCAACUGCGGCGACUUCACGUGCCCAGAUAAUCGGCCCUUCAAAUGUGCUUCGGGAAUCUGCAUCACCAUCUACCAAGUGUGCAACGGAUUCGAUGACUGCGAAGACGGAAGCGAUGAAGCCGGCUGUCAGGAUUUCAAAUGUCCUGAGACAGCCUUCCAGUGCCCAGAGGGCAAUUGUAUUUCUGUCCGUUUUGUGUGUGAUGGGAACAGGAACUGCCUUGGAGGCGGUGAUGAAGAAGACUGUGAGAACUACGAGGUGCAAUGUCCAAAAAAGUUUAAGUGUGAAGCUGAUAACGAAUGCUUAAGUUUGCAAUGGGUAUGUGAUGGCUUUGGAGACUGUAGUGAUGGGUCAGAUGAGGAAAAUUGUAGCUGAUGAGUUGUCAUAUACCGAAAAUGUUAAUGAUGAUCGUUCAGAAUACCAUGUAUCUUUCCUUUAGCAUUUUGGAUAUGUAUUCCUACGCACUGACUACUGAUAUUAUCAGAAACCAUCAAAUAAAUUUAUCACUAUAAAUC